CGAUUGGAAAAACAAUAUGGCUGUUACGUAGAGUUCCAAGAAAUGUCAAAUGCAAAAUAAAACUGUCGUGCAACAUAAAGUAUUGUGUAAUUGUUAUCCAUUAUAACAAUAAUUAAUUAAAAAUUUGUUGCUAAGCUAUUAAACAGAAAGCAGCUCAGAUGUCGCUGGAUGAUGAUUUUGAGAGACCAUUUGAAAAUCCUGAGCACCUACAAUGGGGAGCAUUGCGAUCAUUGUGUCAUGCUAAUGCAGAAUACUUUAUGUCACAUCAAGAUGAGAACAGUAUUAGAAUUAGAGCUGCUCUUAUGGCAAUAUUAGAUCAUUUGGUGCAAUUACAACCACUAUAUAAAGAGAUCAGUAAAAUUGCACCAAUGUUUGACUUUGAUGUACAGACACCUGGCAAUGGAUAUAGAAGUUUUUUAGUUCUAAUAGAUAAAUGUAUUAUACAUUCACGUUCUGUCUGUCACAGAAUAUAUUGUCAAAAAGAUUCUGUAUGGUUUCGUAGAAGUUAUCACAUGAGGUAAUUACCAAAAUUUCAUUUGUUUAAAACAUUCUGACAACUGCUAGCAUCGUUGUGCACUUGCUUAGAGCACUUACAAACACUUUAUUCAUGGAGUGAGCACAUAAAUGAUGGAAAACCGUCUCUCUUCAUAGACAAUAGUCAUAAUCCCCAUGAAAUUUUAAAUAAAAUAGAUAGUAUCAAUCAGUAUUGUUUUUAUGGCAGGUGUUUAGGAUUUCAGUUUUAUGAUAAUUUAAAGCCUGUUUUAAAAACUAUAUUGGUUUGUAUGGCGACAUUCAGCGAAGCAUUUUAUUCUAAUGGUACGUUAUUAGCACGUUGUACUAACUACGUUAAAUAUAUGUUAGAUCCUGAAAUACGGGCACGCCGUAUUGUUGACGUGUCUCAGCGUGCUGAUAUUUCAUUUUGUCAAGCCUUUUGGUUUCUUAAUGAAACUGACAUUGCGCGUAGGUUACCGACUAUAGCCUCCCCUUCUUUGGCAAUAAAUCAAAUAAUUUCUAUUCCACCCGAAGAACUGACACUUCGUACAUUAAAUGGUACAAACGUGUCAAUUCCGAUACCAAACAGUCAUGUUGGAAAAAGGCCAUUACACGUUAGACUGUUAAGCUCUAAGCAUCGUUUAGGAAUGGUUGGUUCAGGUGGAGUAGCGGGAGAACUGCAUGGAUUGUCCGAUGAACUGGUAAUUCAUUGUCAUGGUGGAGGUUUCGUAGCUCAGACUUCUCUGUCUCAUGAAACAUAUUUACGCAGUUGGGCUAUAACUCUUGGUAUACCUAUUCUAAGUAUAGAUUACAGUUUAGCACCUGAAGCUCCAUUCCCUCGUGCACUCGAAGAAGUGCUAUAUGCAUAUGCAUGGGCUUUAAAUCAUGCAAAUACAUUGCUUGGGAGUACAGCGCAAAAAAUUAUUUUCGCCGGUGAUUCCGCUGGGGCAAACUUAAAUUUGGGUGUUACUUUAAAAUGUAUGCAGCUAAAUAUUAGAAAACCUGAUGGAAUAUUUAUGGCAUACACACCGGUACUUGUUGACUUCGUAUUAUCACCUUCACGGUUACUUUGUCUCACAGAUCCAUUAUUACCUAUGGGAUUUCUGAUACGUUGCUUGAAAGCAUAUGCCUCUUCAGAUAACAAACGGGGUGUACGAGAAAAAGAAAAUGAUAGUGCUGAAUGUAUAAAAUCAGAUACCGAAUCUUUUGCAGAAGUAAGCGAAAGUGAUCUAAUAGCAUUAGCUCUCAGUCCUAAUGAAGAUGAAACAAAUGAAGCACAUAAGUUAGCAUCCUUACCAUCUGAUUCUACUUUGAAUUCUGUUAGUUUAACAGAAGCUGAUGGAAUGGAACAUCUACAGGAAGAAGCAAAAUCUCAAGAAUAUGUUAACAAAUUUGUAGAAUUGUAUCGAAAUUGUGGUACAAAUGCUUCAACGCGUAUUGGAAAUAACAUUAUUAACACGGAUAACAAUACGUCGAAAAAUGACAGAUCGUGGUCUUUCUUUGGUUGGUCUCUCCGUGGAAAGCACAGAGAAUCCAAAGAACUGGAUAUAGAAAAUGUAAAAAGUCCUUUGGAAGAAUUUAUGUUUACAGUGCCCAAGGAUCCAUAUUUAAGUCCUUAUCUUGCAGCAAAUAAUCUUUUAGCACAAUUACCACCUGUCAAAAUGCUGACAUUAGAAUUGGAUCCGUGCCUUGAUGAUUCUGUUAUGUUCGCAAGAAAACUUCGAUCGCUUGGUGUAUUAGUGACGCUUGACAUAUUGCCAGGUUUACCACAUGGAUUUCUUAAUUUAACACCGGUUUCAAAAGAAGCAAGUGAAGGAUCAGAUCUAUGUGUGAAAAGAAUUCAGGAGCUACUAGUAUUAUAAUUAUAUGGAUACAGCACUCAUAAAUAUAUAGAUGUGAAUAU